UGCAGUGAAGAGGAAGCGCUGGUGCCAUCUCUGCUUGGAGGAAGCAGCCUUCGACUGCUGCUUCAGUGCGUCUUACUGCAGUGGAGACUGCCAGCGACGGGAUAAGCGACGCCACCAGACAAAUUGCUGCAAUUCAUUUUAAAUUGUUCAGUAUUCCGGAAGACUUUGCUACAAUGAGGCUGAUGUUUCUCGGGGCCUGCCUUUUGUUUCUCGGGACCUGUCAAGGAUAUGUCCGUUUCACCAAUCUGAAGUGCGAGAGUUUGGACGAGAAGUUUAUCCUUUUUCCCACCUGUCGUCUAAAUGUCAUCGGAAGAGGCGUCAUAGCUGCCAAUGUAUAUGCAAAGCUUCUGAAACUGCCAAUUACUAGGAUGGUGAUGAGAUUUAAUAUAUUUCGAAAGUUGAAUGGCUAUCAUCCGUUUUUGUUCAAUGUUUCCCAUGAAAUAUGUCACUUUCUAAAGAAUCCGAAUCGCAAGCAGGUGUUCUACUAUUUUCAUAGGGCAUUUAUGUCUUACUCCAACCUGGAUCACCCCUGUCCCUAUAAUCAUGAUGUUGUUGUGAGGAACUGCUCUUUGGAGGACAAGAUGUUUAAAAUGGUUCCCUUGCCCAAAGGAAGCUAUAAACUUACCCUGGAACUGGACAAUGGAGCCUUCAAAUGGGUUGGCAUUGUAUCCAUAUAUCUGGAUAUUGAUGUGGACAAAAAAGAUUAAUUUUAACUUGGAUAUGUAGUACUUUAAAUAUUGUGUCCUGUGUAGUUUCUAAUAUAUUGUCCUUUGGUGUACGAAUUGUACUUUAUGUACGGGAAUAUAAGUAUA